AUGGCCGCUUCCACCUCUGCGUCGGCGAUGGACGACCACGAGUCGGAAAGGGACUACAGGGCGGACCACAGUCCGUCACGCUUUACAGCAGUUAAUGGAAAGGAUCUUUUGCUUUCCGGCGGAGGUUCUGCAACUACCCCCAACGGGUCAUCGAACAACCAGGAGCAGCGAGAUGUCUCUGAAGGCUGGAAAAGGCAUAUUCAUGAGGAUACGUUGCCUCGGCACGACGAUCGAACCCGUGAAAACGGCACUACAGAACAUGAGCAAGAUGAUCAACGGUCGCAGCGCUCGCUGUCACGCGGUGGAUCUCCCAUAAGCAGGAGCAAAAGGAAGCGGUCAGAAUCCGACGAGCAAGGGGAUGAUUAUAUGUCACAGGAGGGGCCCAGAAGCCCGGCUUCUCGCCUAGAUGAAAGUAUAGAUGGUGCGACGCAGCCGCCCACGUCAAACGGCAAUCCAGCCAUCCACAGCGAUCGUGAGCUCAAAAGCAAUUCCGCUGCUGCGGUGAAUCUAAGAUCGGAGGACAAAGAGGCUUCAAGGGCAUCAUCAACCAAUGCUAGCUGGCAUGAUUAUGACUCGCAGUUGAUUAACCAAGCCCAGCGUGCGCAGCAAAUUGACGCCUCAGAUGCUCAGCUGGCAGAAGCACUCCAGCGCGAAGCUCAUGGCCAAGAUGCAACUCAGAAGGACUGGGGCGUGAUUCAUCGCACAGGAGAAGUACAGCUACACAGUGACCACCCUUCACCAGUAUCUGCUUUCGCUCAAGAACGGCAACAGACGGCUGUGCAAGUUGCGCCAAAAAGAAAGCGUAACAACUGUAUCAGGGGCGGCUUCCUCUGUGAGGGCUAUUCCUCCAGGAGUACAUGGCAAAAACCUUCCAACGCAAAGACGCCCGUUCCGCUUCAAUCAAAGGAUGGGUAUGCCGAUAUCGGUAGCCAAUACAUACAUGAAGUCAGCCAACACCACGACCGCCAACAUAACCUGAAUGAUCAGCUUGAAGCCGGCAAGAUAAGGCCAAUCAUUGUCGACGAGGGUGACCGAUCCACAUCCCAGUUCAAUUCGAGCCCAACAGGCCCCACGUCAAAUCGCGGCUCUUGGUCCAAGCGAAAUUGGCCAGGCACGGCGCAUCCCGCCUAUAUCCCCGAGCACAUUCCCAAAUCGGAUUACCGUGAGGUACCCUCGAUUCAUGAAUUACCCCGUGAAGGACACCCGAAGACCGAUUAUCAGAUCGUUCCACCCAUCCGAGAGCUUUCCCACACACAUGGAAAACAGGGCGUCUCGUUAUUUCAGAGUGGUAUUGAUCAGCGGCCAACCAUUGCCAGUACUAUAGACACGACCAGUCCGCAAGCACAAGCGCGGAUGGCUCUAAGUAUUGAACAUCAACUGUCUACUCGUACCGUGUCUGGCGAGGAAACGGAAAAGGAUAAAAUGAUUAGGGGUGAGCUCUACAGACCAUUUGAUGUCCACCUUGUUGAGGAACGUGAGCGAUGUAGAACGGCACUAUGGCGGUUCAAUAGCGCAUGCAAUCCUGUCUCGGGGCUCAACGCAAAGGAGCAGAAUCGUCUUCUGAAGGAAGUUCUGGUACCACAUAGCUCACCAGUUGGCUCGCCGUCGGGCGUCUCCUCGCCUCGGGCAACAGGGACAAUUGGGCAAGGAGCUCUUGUUGAGGCACCCUUCCAGUGCCACUAUGGGUACAACAUUCAUAUUGGGGAGGAUGUGAUGGUAUCCGAGAGCUGCCUAUUUGUGGAUGACUGCCCUAUCACCAUCGGCGCUCACACAUGGAUAGGCCCCAAGGUUACUAUCCUUAGCUCAAUGGCUCACGCGAAUAUGCAGGAACGGAAAGGCACGCAAAGUCGCUAUCAGGGGCGACCUGUUACAAUUGAAGAAGACUGUUAUGUUGGUGCUGGUUGCAUCAUUUAUCCUGGUGUUCGUCUUCGACGCGGGGCAUAUGUCGCUCCGGGGGAAAUAGUCAAAUCCGACAUUGUAGCUUAUGGUUUCCAGGGUCUCAAACCAAGCUACAUGUGA